AAAUCAAAGUUGCACUGCCAAGAUGGCGAUUUAUUGGACGGGAUUACUUCGAAGCUGGAUGAACUUUGUAAGAUCACUGACUCUAGCACACAAACAAACGAAGUUAAUCCAGAAAUGACCGAGUCAAGCACACAAACUGAGGAGUUAGAUUACAUGUUUUCUCAGCCAAAGGAAGCCCCUUUCGAUCGCGAAGAUAUGCUGGAAGAUGGGAAGGUACUACUGUAUUUUACACUGGAUUGCCUUCAGCUACUAUUUUACAAGCUAUGUAUGAACAUGUAGCCCCUCAUGUGUCAAGAAAGUCGUUGACCUUAACAAAGUUCCAGGAACUUGUCAUGGUCUUGAUGAAACUCCGACUUAAUGUGCUAUACUUGGAUCUUGCAUACCGUUUUGAAGUGUCUGCACCAACUGUUUCCAGGAUAUUUUUUACCUGGAUAACAAUCAUGGACAUACGACUCUCUCAACUAAUAUAYUGGCCUGAGCGGGAUGAACUAUGGAGAACAAUGCCUCAAUGCUUCGAAUUUUCGUUUGGAAAGAAGACAACGGUGAUUAUUGAUUGUUUUGAGGUCUUCAUAGAGAGGCCUACCAACCUGCUGGCAAGAGCCCAGACCUUCAGCUCCUACAAACACCACAACACUGUGAAGGUAUUAAUUGGAAUCACUCCACAAGGCACUAUUUCCUUUGUAUCAAAGGCCUGGGGUGGCAGAACUUCUGAUAAGUUCCUCACCGAAAACUGUGGUAUUUUAAAUAAACUUGUGCCUGRUGAUCUAGUUAUGGCCGACAGGGGAUUUACARUUCAUGAAAGUGUGGCAUUCAAGAGAGCAGAGCUUGUGAUACCAGCUUUUACUAAGGGGAAGAGCCAGCUGGACCCCAUAGAUGUUGAAAACGCCCGAGAAAUUGCAAAUGUCAGAAUUCAUGUGGAGAGGGUAAUCGGUUUGCUGAGGUGCAAGUA